GUUGGUCUAGCGGAAAUGACGAAGCUUAGCGGAAGUUGUAUCCAGUAAGACAACAAGGCGCCAAAUUUACGCCAGGAUUUUAUAAAGCUUCUACCGCUGACACAUGACAGAGUUAUUUUAGUCUUUCGCGAACCGCCUUGUGCGAAAACUGCAGCUGAAGGUGGUUCAGCAUGGCGAUCCCUUUUGUGCAGGACUGGGACGUCGUUCAGACUCUGGGAGAAGGAGCUUAUGGAGAAGUGAGGUUAUUGGUGAACAGACAGACUGAAGAGGCAGUGGCAGUGAAGGUGAUUGACACUUCUCAGGCUAAAGAGUGUGCAGACAAUGUCAAAAAGGAGGUCUGCAUCCACAAGAUGCUCACCCACCCCAGCAUUGUGAGGUUCUUUGGUCAUCGAAAGGAAGGACCGACUGUUUAUCUUUUUCUGGAGUACUGCACCGGAGGAGAGCUGUUCGACCGUAUCGAGCCUGAUGUGGGGAUGCCAGAGAAAGAUGCUCAUAAGUUUUUCAAGCAGCUAAUAGCCGCUGUGGAGUACCUUCACAACCUUGGCAUCACCCACAGAGAUAUAAAGCCAGAGAACAUUUUGCUGGAUGACAAAGACAACUUAAAGCUGACGGAUUUCGGUCUGGCCACCAUGUUUCGUUUCAAAGGGCGGGAGCGCCUUCUGAAUCGACUCUGUGGAACGCUGCCCUACGUUGCUCCAGAGCUUCUCAGCCAGCAGGAGUACCAAGCUCAGCCUGCAGAUGUCUGGGCCUGUGGGAUCGUUCUGACUGCGAUGCUGGCAGGAGAACUGCCCUGGGACCAACCCACCGAGAGCUGCCAGGAAUACUCAGACUGGAUCCAGAAGAAGACUUACCUACCUCCCUGGAAGAAAAUCCAGCCCAUGCCUCUUAGUUUGCUGUCCAAAUUGCUGCUGCCCCGUCCUGAUGCAAGAAUCAUUAUCGCAGACAUACAGAAGGAUCGCUGGUUUACUCAAGGUUGUCAGAGAUCAGGAUCCAACAAAGUUCUUCGAACGGAGUUGGAGCUUAAAUCCCGGACAAACAGUGAUGACAGGAUGCAGUUUUCCAGCUCUCAGCCUGACUUUGCUCCAGGUGGAUGGGAAUCCAUGUUGUUGUUCGGCCCGACUGAAGGGCAGGUCAGCUUCUCCCAGCCGACUAAACCUGAGCACAUGUUGCUGGGCAGUCAGCUGCUGGGCACGCCAGGGGCCAGUCAGUCACUGUGGCAAAGAUUAGUCCGAAGAAUGACUCGCUUCUUUACCAACGUGAACGCCGACGCCUCCUUAUCUGCCCUGAAAGACGUCUGUGACGGCAUGGCACUUGUCUUCAAACUCACCUGCACCCAACAGGUUACUGUGAGCACUCUGGACAAACGUAACAACAAGCUAAUCUUCAAGGUCUUUUUGCUGGAGAUGAAUCAGCGAGUGUUGCUGGAUUUCAGACUGUCGAAGGGUGACGGAUUGGAGUUCAAACGACUCUUCGUGAAGAUAAAGCAGAAGCUCGGAGAUGUGGUCUGCACUCAGAAGAUUUUACUUCCCAUCACAUAAUAAGCAGAGAAAAACUGUCAUGGACUUUAGAGACAAACUGUAUAUAUUUACAUGUUCCUGUUGUUAACACUUGUUUGUUUUAUACACUUGAAAGAUCAGGACUUUAUAAAUCACAUGGUUUUCUACAGUCGGCCAUUCAUAAAGACUGAAGUGUUUUGGUUGUUUUUGAUAUGUUAAUGUUCAAAGCUGAAUAAAUUAAUAAAGAUCUGUGAUAAUG